UUUAUACUUAACUUAUCUCAUUGAGUUUCUUUGCGACAAGUCUCCUUAUUGGCAACAAAUGGUUGAUGCCAUUACCAUAUGCGGGGCGGGGUUCAAAGCCCCUAGUGAGGGUGAUUUGAGGGGACCCAUUUUGUCUCAAAUGGUGGAUGAUGUGAAAAAGGAUUUAGAUGAACAACGCCACAUAUGGAGCACUAAAGGUUGCACCAUCAUGACUGAUGGUUGGACGGAUAGGAGAAAUAGAACUCUCCUUAAUUUUCUUGUUUCUUCCGCAGGGGGCACCGUUUUCAUCAAGUCCAUUGAUGCCUCCGCCCAUUGCAAGAAUGCCACCUACCUAUGUGAGCAGAUAGAGGAGGUGAUUGAAGAUGUGGGUGAGGAGAACGUGGUACAGGUGGUGACCAACAAUGCAGCAAAUUAUGUUGCUGCGGGUAAACUUUUGAUUACAAACUAAUUUUGUUUGCAAAUUAAUUACUAUCUUGUAGUUUGUACCUCCAUUAAUUACAAUUUACAAUGCAACAAAUUAUGUUGCUGCA